UUUGUCAAUCUGCUGGCCUUGCAAUGAGCACUAAGGAAAACACGGCUACUCCAGACAGCGACUCUAACAAACUGGAGUCUGUCAUUCAGAAACUGGAAGAGAGUGUUUUGUCUGAGGAGAAGCUGACUGUGAGAGGCCCUUCACCAGAUGCCCUUCUAACAGGUCUUCCGGCCAGAGUCAGAGAGAUUGUCACUAAGAACCUCAGCGAUAACACACUAGGAGCCAUGUCUUCAGUUAUGUCACUACAGGAGGAGAAUCGUGUGCUUCAAGGAGAACUGUCCAAACUUGAGGAUCUACUUGCUCAUAGCAGAGCCGACCGGGACGAACUUGCCAUCAAGUACAGUGCAAUCAGUGAGCGGCUUGAGCAGACGUUGCGGUUUGACUCCAGUGAAGGGGAGCAGACCUCAGAGUCCAGGAGCCUGGUCCAGCAGAACGUGGAUCUGCGCAGACGACUGGACGAGGAACAGGCUUCAUACAAACGCAAACUCACCGCCUACCAGGAGGGGCAGCAGAGGCAGGCACAGCUGGUUCAGAAACUACAAGCAAAGGUCCUUCAGUACAAAAAGAGGUGUGGGGAUCUGGAGCAGGUAUUGCAAGAAAAAAACUCUGAACUCGAAAAGUGCAAACUGAGUAAUGACAGUGAAACAUCAAAUGGCCACAAUCAAGAUGAGUCAAACAACAACUUGGAAGAAGCAUUAAUCCGUCUAGAGGAAGAACAACAAAGGAGCAGUAGUCUUUCUGCUGUUAAUGCCAUGCUGAGAGAGCAGCUGGAGCAGGCCAGUUUGGCAAAUGAGGCCCUCAGCCAAGAUAUUCGCAGACUGACUGUGGACUGGACCAAAGCCCGAGAAGAGCUGGAGCAAAGAGAGUCUGACUGGAGGAGAGCGGAGGAGUCUUUCCAAAGUUACUUCAGCAGUGAACACAGUCGGCUGCUCAUGUUGUGGAGGCAAGUCGUUUGGUUCAGGAGGCACAUCUGUGAAAUGAAGACCUUAACUGAAAGAGACUUGUCAGAUAUGCGUAAUGAGCUGUCACGCGUGUCCCACACGGCCCAGCUAUCCUGUGCGGGUCUGUCUGCGUCCCUGAUUAGUCAAGAGGGAGGGGCGACCCUGGCUUUAGAGAGAGAGAGGGGACUGAGGCUUCAGAUGGAACAGCAGCUCAGAGAGAAGGUCACGAAGACAAUGAACCUGCAGACAAGGACUGAUGCAGAGAGGAGUGAACUCAACAUCAGGUUGUCUGAAUCUGUCCGAGAGGGAGAGAGGCUCAAGAGUCAAAUAGAGGAAAAAGAAAGAGAAAUGGCAGCGCUGACCAGAAGACUUGAGGAGCAGACAGGUUCAGGUGAGACUGAGCAAUUGACAAUGAGGAUACACACUGAAAUGCUGGUCGACACACUGAGAGACAUCGCUCAGGUCGUACUAACAGAUGGGGAGUCCUCCUCAGAAGCUGACCAGGACCCGGGGGCCCCUCUCCUGGCUUUGGUCCACAGACCCUCAGCCUCUCGUCGAUCGUCCUCUCCAUCCCGUCUCUCCUCUGGAACACUCCUGCCUGAAGGGGUGCUCUGUGCCCUGCGCUCUGCAAUCACCGACAGACAACUACAGCUACAGGAUUUCCGUGGGCGACUGCAGUCCGCCCAGUCUUCGAUUCAGCAGCUACGAAAGCAGCUCUCAGAGUCUGAUACAGCUAAAAAAGAUCUGGAGCAGAAGAGCCAGGCACUGCAACGAGAUCGGGACAGUGCUUGGAAAGAGAGGGAGGCUGUGCAGAGGGAGAGGGACAGAAUCAAACAAGAGAGAGACAUUUUGGCCAGUGAAAAGAUGAACCUGGAGAAAUCCCUACAGUCCACUCUGUCCAAUGCACAACUGCUGCAGAUGGAAUGUGAGAAGCUGCAGUUGUCAGUGGCGACGAUGCAACGAGAACGGGACAUGGAGAGAGAGGAGAGAGAAGUCGUGGCACUGGAGAGGGACCGCACCCGGACAGAGGCACAGCGCAUACAGAAACAGUGGGAGCAGAGUGAGAAUCGUGCCUCAGCCCAGAGAGGUGAGCUAUCUGCAGUGAAGGAGACUUGCCAACAAGGUGAGGUAGAAAGGCAACUGCUGGAGCGAGAGAAGGACCAAUUUUCCAAGGCUCUUGCUCAAGCGGAGAGUCGUAAUACAGAGCUGUCCCUGCUGUUAAACAAACUGCAGUCUGAGGAGGCAGCACUCAGGGACUCUUUGACCAAAAUGGGAAAUUUAAAUGAGGGCUUGACCCAGGAUAAAGUUGACCUCAACUCCUACAUCCUCCAGCUUGAGGAGGAAAAGUCCCUCCUCCACACUCAGAGGCGUGAAGCGGAGCAGGAGAAGUUGACGAUCAGAGAUGAACUUGUGCGUUUGGAGCAGGGCCGUCUGGAGUUGGACUCUUUGAGGAUAACUCUACAACAAUCUCUCCACGACACAGAGCUGAGCCGCACUGGGAUGGAAGCAGAGCUCCAGAGUCUGCGAGCAGAUCGACUAAAACUGCAGGAGAGAGUCACACAGCUCUGUGGGGAGGUGACAUCUCUCAGUUCGGAGUUGAGUUUGGUCAAAGGAGAAGGGCAGAGGAAUGAGGUGGCCCUAGAGGAGGCAGGACGGGGGCGGGCUGAACUGGCCCGGGACAAAGCUGCUCUAGUGGUUCAACUGGCAGCGUCUGAAAGAGAAAAUACACUACUGUCUGAGGAACUGACAGCAUUUAGGUCUGAGAGAGAGACUUUGGAGACCAGUCUGUUUGAGGUUCAGCAGCAGCUCGUUCAAAUCGAGUCCCUUAAUAAGCAAUUGGAGACAGAGAACCAAACACUCAGAGUCCGUUCAGAGACUACAGCAGCUGAAGUGAAGCGUGCUCGCUCUGAUGGGGAGACUGCUGUGGCUCAAUUAGAAAGAGAAAAACAGACUUUGACUCAGGCUUUGAACAGUGUCCAGAACCAAGCCCAACUGGUCCUCCGCAAAACCAUUUCCGAACACCAAGAGGAGGUGGAGAGGCUCAUCUCGGAGAAGGAAGCAUUACGUCAUAAUCUGUUGAUGGAUCAUGAGGCAUCAAUGAGGAAACUGAGGCAAGACACAGAGGAGCAGCUGCUUAAAGCCAAGAGUCGAAGAGAGGAACUACAGGAGGAACUGAGAACCCUCCAGCACCAUAGGGACCAGAGUCUGCUGCAGGCUGAGACUGACAAACAGCAGGCUCUCUCAAUUAAGGAAGCAGAGAAAGCAGCUCUGUGUGAGAAAGUCUCUGGCCUACAGACCGAACUGUCCACUGCACUGCUGGAGGUGGAGAAGAUGACCAGAGAGGUGUCUCUGUGCAAAGAACAGGAGCAGAUCAGAGUCGGAGCUCUGAACACUGAACUGCAGGAUCUUCGGUGUCAGCUCGAGGAUUCAGCCUCUGCUCAUGAACGAGAGCUAAGAGGACUUCAGCGGACGUGCACUGAUAUCCAGUCCAGGGCCGAUCUGGCUUUAAGAGAGUUGGAGCAGUGCCGGGCCUCUCUCUCAGCCAGUGAAGAGACGAGGGACCAGCUCAGACACGAUUUACUGGAGGCGGAGCGUCGUUUGAACCAAACUCAGGAUUCAGCUGAUAACUUCAGGAGAGAAGUGACAGAGCAGCGCUGCAGCCUCAAUGAUGUCACCAAAGAGAGAGACACUCUCAGCCAAUCAAACACUCUUCUCCGAGAGACUGUGAGGAGUGCAGAGACAGACAAGAUCAGCUUGAGGCGACAGUGUGAGGAGAAGGAGCAGAGGCUGAUGGUGUUGGAGGAGAACCUAUUGUCCGCGCAGAAGGAGGUGACAGAGCUGCGCAGCUGCCUCCGAGAUGUGGAGAGGUCCCGACUGGAGGCUCGGCGAGAGCUACAGGAGCUACGCAGACAGCUGAAGGUUUUGGAAGCAGAGAAGGAGCAGAGGAGUAGAGAGGUGGCAGAGCUGCAGACUCGCCUCUCUCUGGAGGAGCAAAGAGAGGAGGAGAAGAGUAGGGAGGUCUUCACUCUGAAACAGAAGCUAAUGGAUGUAGAGACAACAAGAGACUCUCUGAAAAAAGAACUCUCUGUGACACAGAAGCGCCUACUGGACUGUGAGUCGGGGUGGCGCGUCUGUGAGAGGGAGCUGACUGCUCGGCUGCAGGAUGCACAUGGCUGUGAGAAGAAGCUCCAGGACGAAGCCAAAAACCUGUCUCUCCGCGCUCAGGCAGCCCAGGACGCAGUGGCUCAUUCCAGUCUGCAACUGAGCGAGACACAGGGUCGCCUGGCCGCCACAGAGGCUGAACUAUCCCGCUCUGAGAUCAGCAGGAAGGAGCUGGAGUUCAGACUGAGUAGUCUACAGUCCACACUCACACGUACCUUGGGCAUCGGGGCGGGGCGCAGAGGGGGCAGAGGGAGGAGUCCAGGGGGCAGCUCUACUUCACCUACAUCUAUGUCCCGACACCAGAGCAUCUCUCCUCUGCGCUCCACUAUUUCUCCACCGAAAGAAGUGCGCACAAGCACCCCUGACAACACUCUGGGUUCUGGUCCUGUGUCUCCGGAGAGAGCAGACACACCUCUCUCCACCUCAGACCUGGACUCAGACUCACUCAGGAGUGGACUCAGGGACUUCUUGCUGGAGCUGCGAGAGGCUCAGAGAGAGAGGGAUGAUGUCCGCUCACAGAUGAGUGGCCUACAGCGUGAACUGGAAGAACUCAGAGCCCAAAGAGAUGCUGCUCAAACACGCCUGGCUCAGACACAGAACAGUUUACAAGAAACCCAGGAAGUGAAGCGUGUGGUGGAUGAGCGCCUGACCUCCACUCAGAUGGUGCUGCAGCAGCAGGAGGAGGCUGUGAGGAGAGCAGACAGAGAGAGACGCACUCUGAUGGACAAACUGAAGGACUUGGGGCAAGCACUGCAGACCGCUGAAGCAGACAGGAAACAGGUCCAGGAUCAGCUAAACAAACAGCGGGCUGCAGAAAUGCGCCUGGAGGGAGAGAGGAGGCACUUGCGGGAAGCACUAGAGGCAGCGGAGGCCCGGGCGACUCGAGUGGAGCUGGGGAGGCGCAGUCUGGAAGGAGAGCUGCAGAGGCUGAGGCUGAGUGUGGGAGAUAGAGAAGUCGAGAGCCAACUGGCCCAAGAGAGACAUGACGCUCUCAUUAAACAGGUGGCCGAAGGUGAGGCACGAGUGUCUCAACUGCAAAGAGAGGUCGACCGACUGAGUCAGGCUUUGCUCAGAGCUCAAGAAAGUGAAACUUUGCUCAAAGAGAGAGCUGCGACUCUCAACCUGAAUGUGAGCGAGGCCACAGCAGCUCAGAGCAGCUCACAGAGCCGCCUCUCAGCACUGCAGAAGUCACUCUCUGUAUCAGAGCUGGAGAGGCAGCAGCUUAAGGAGCGAAUGGAUGAAACCAGAGCAUCUUUAUCUGAAAGCAGGAGAAAUGUUGCUGCUCUCAAUGAACAAGUGCUAAGCCUGCAAAGUGAAUUAAAACACAGUGAGGUCAAACGAGAGGAACUGGAAACUGAGAUCAGCCACCUGCAGGAGACUCUCCAUCAGUGCUCUAUCAGUCUCACCGAGGUCCAGCGGUGUCUAGAGUCAUCUCAAAACGAGCGCUCUGCUGUGGAGGAGCGACUGCGCAGCCUCCAGAGGGCUGUGGCCAUGUUAGAGACCGAGAAGAAAGACGCCGAGAGGCAAGCUGUGAGGCUGGAGAAGGACAAAAACGCUCUAAGAAACACACUAGACAAAGUUGAGCGUCAGAAGUUGAAGUCUGAAGAGGGCACCAUGCGGCUCUCUGCUGAGAAAAGCCGUCUGGAUCGAUCACUAAACACGGUCGAACAGGAGCUACAAGAAGCACAGCAACAGAUACUAAUACUACAGACCCAGCUGUCAGAUAUGGAACAGUCCCAUGGCCUUUGUGAGAGCCUGAGCCGUCAGCGAGACGAGGCUCAGCGAGAGACUGAGAGGUUAAAGGUCAAUCUAAGGGACGUGGAGCGGAGCCUGGGAAUGAGAGAGAGAGCCCACCGGCACAGAGUCAAGGGACUGGAAGAGCAGGUGUCCACUCUGAAGGAGCAGCUGCAGCAAGAGAUGAAGCGACGUCAUCCCUCACUACAGCCCCCUUUGCUGUCCACUACAUAAUAAAGGCAGCUUAUUCCAAUUAUUCACUCCAACAAUUAUACUAAAUCCAGGGAAAAUGUCCACAGCAUAAAUGUUGCAGUAUUCACUGAAGUCUUAUUGUACUGCUUUUUAAUACUAUGUGUAUGUACUGACUGUUACACUGAGCAGAGAUGAGAGGCAGCUGGACUCCAGGAUAACAUCUGCUAUUCAUCCUGGUUUAACUCUCCCAAACUUCUAACUUUUUAUUGUGGAGGAAACCCGAACCUUUGAGGGAUCCUCUUUGACUGAUUCUGGGCAAAAUCUUGGAAUGGGAAUGACAAAGCCCUAACAGUUGUGUAGUUUCUUGACAUUUAUAUCAACAUAUAAAAGCACUACUUGUAUUUUUAUGAAGGAGAAUCAAGCACAAACAGCAUGUACCUAACUUAAAAUGCUCAACCUUCUUUUUAGUAUUAUUUUUAAUAGACUUAUAUUUUUACAAUUUAACCACUAUGAAAUAAUAAGAGGAAAUUAAGAGUAUUGUAUUAUGUAAACAUGUAAACCAUGGGUGUAACGAAAUAAAC